AGAUGCUGGAGGGGCGUUUAGUGACUGAUUCCUUUGUGUGGAGUUGGUACGGGGCAGCAGGGGGCUCGACUCUUAAUUAGGAAGGAAACGGACCGUUGAUGUACCUCACUGAAGUGUAACAUUGGUGAUGGCCCGUCCUCCUCCAAACCCUCUGUACAUUCUGAGGGGUUCAGGGGACGUGGUGAACACCCUGCACUUCUGCUGUGAUGGACAGGGACCUUCGCUGUUGUACUCUGGGUCCGGUAAAGGAGCAAUCCAUGUGUGGAAUCUGACCACCAGAAGACCAGAGUGUGUUUUGGAAAGCCAUUCUGGCAACUCUGUUAUCUGGCUCCAGGCCCUCAAAGAAAGCAGCACUCUUAUCAGUCAGGGUCGGGAUAUGCGCAUGUGCGUGUGGGAUCUGUCUGAAGGACGCGGGGCAGUGACAGACUCUCUCCUCACGGGCAGCGUGGGCUUCUGUCAGUGUUCUCUGCUGGAGACCCGAUCGGGAUCCACUUUACUGGCUCACCCAACUGAAAACAUGGAGGAGGUGAGUGUGGUGGAAAUGAAGAGCUGGACUCAGGUGUGCACUCUGAAACCGCAUUUAAAACUGGGGAUGCUCAUGUGUAUGAAGAUGUGGCAGGCGGAGUCUGGUCCAGUCCUGUGUGCUGGUUACGAAGAUGGCUCUGUGAUAUUAUGGGAUGUUUCCCACCGCCGUCCAUUCAGCUGUCUGAAGGCACAUACUGAGCCGGUUAUGUGUCUGGAUGUUGACGUCUGCAGGCAGAAGGGCGUUUCAGGGUCUUCAGACAACAUCCUCCACUCCUGGACAAUCAAUGACCAGCGAAACCUUCAGAUGCACAGCUCCGUCCAGCUCACCAAUCCCGGGGUCUCCAGUGCACGUGUCCGCGCCGAUGGCAAGAUCUUGGCGACGGCCGGGUGGGACAACAACAUCAGAGUUUUUGGAUGGAAGAAGCUAAAGGCACUGGCUGUUCUGCAACAUCACACCGACAUGGUGAAUAGUGUGGCCUUCUCAGACCAUCAGGACCCCCCACAGAGACUUUUGGCCGCGGGGUCCAAAGACCAACGGAUCACUGUGUGGUCUAUAUAUAGCGAAAGCUGAGGCCGGGUUGGAAAGACGGAGGCCCUCUUUACAUUUUCCGUCAAGCUGAUUGUUGCAAAUUACUCUGACUUUAUUUACACACCUGAAGCGUGGUGCUAAUAUAUUUUUCUUUGAAGGAAAGCGCUCCGAAUGACAAUAAGCGUUUCUGAGGCGGACCCACAACAAGGACCAUUAGUGUUAUUUACAAGGUUCAGCCUGUAGAAACAAGCUCGCAUCUCGCAUUGAGAAUAGAACAAGAGGAGCUAAUCUGAACACACUCCAUCAUCAUGUUUGGUUGCAACAAUGGCCGAUAUUUAAAGGUGUUUUAUUGUCAAAGGCAGAGCUUAGCCAUCCGCUCAGAUUUGUUUGGUUUGCCGCAGGGUAAUGCGCUUCAGGAGAUGUGUAUUUGUUCUCGAAGUCGCACCUGAGCGGCAAAGUAAUCCGCGGCUGUUUUUCUAAAUCUGUCUCGGAGUUAAAGAUUGCCCUCUGGACUGACCUGUAUACAUCACGCUGGGUUAAUCACGAGGGCUCAGGCACCACAGACAGGCCUGUUUGUUAGAAAGAUAUAUUGGGCUAGUUUUAUUCUUUCCUUUAAGCACAUGAGCUGAUGAAGGAGCAGGGACGAGGAUGACCUCUGUGUCGGUAUGUAGCUGAAAGACAAACUGGUCAUUUUUGUGUAUGUUGCUUUUUUGUGAAGAGUCUAAAUUGUGCACAAACCAUGUUAUACUUGUUAAUUUUCGUUUUUUAAGACUUCAAAAGCAUGUUAACAUAAAAUGGUUGACUUGAUAGUCAUGUUAUCAGAUGUCCAACACCCCGAAGGUUCAAAAUUUUUCAUCAGUGUGUAUGUUGUAUAUGUAAUAGCCAAUUCUGGUACACGGUUAAGUUGGAUUUCACGCAUCUCCUAGCAAGUCGGUUGAAGAUCAAACAGCUAACAGCCGUUCUGCCGCAUAAAGCACGUGUCUCUAGGGACAUACCCAGACUGGAAUAUCUCAUCAGACAGUACAGGAAGCUCGGGGAACAUAGAGGCCAUCCUUUAAAAGGAAAAACAACAGCGGGCGAGUCGCCGGCCGGAGAGGAAGACAAAACAGUUCAUUUUACAGUCUGCGUGGUCAUUAGCUCGCCCCCUGUCAUCUGAGGACCUUCACGUACCUUUUGUCCAUGACCUCUGUAAAGCUUGUCCGAUUGGUAAUCGCUUCCUACUUCUGUAGUUUAGAUGGGAGUGGGGGUGGGUACAACAGAACCCAAAGUGGGGUCCCUUCCAUCCGUUCCGUGCAUGAGCAUAUAAGCACUGCUAGAGAUUCGGCCUCAUACCUCCCAAGUCAAUAAUAUAUCACUUAAGAAGUCAAUAUAAGCAGAACCUCGACAUGGGCCACUGACAAAAACCUCCAGCUCUGAGAACAACAGACAUACGCCUGUGUACCGCAUGAGGGGUCAGAGGUCAUCUGACCAUUCUACGCUAGCUUAAACAAACUUGCAGUCACCCGCAAUGGUGUCUAUAUGGUGCGUGUUGCUAGAUCCAAAGACACCCUUGGGUCCCGGUGCUUAGACAGGGUGAAUAGAUGUUAGUUUUUGGGAAAAAAAUAAUCCUAGGUAAUCACAGAGUGAGGAAAUGGAUCUUGGAGGGGGAGAAAGUGAAAGCUGGAUGUGUAAGAGUAUUAAAAUGUAGGCAAGCUCAUUUGAAAUAAAACAAUGCUAUGUGAGAUAAGCUUGCUGAAAAAAAUAGAAACCAUUGCUAAGAAUCAAAAGGCUGUAAAGGGAAUUAGUUUUUUGGUGUCUUUGGGUUGUCUCUGGUAAUGAGGUCUAUUUGGUGAAAAUGGCAGAACAGAGUCGCAGGAAUAAACAAGAAAUUUUGUUUUAAUGGUAAACAGCUGAUGGUUUAUAAUGGAGGUUGUAAUGGAAACUAUUAGAAUUUGUACUGCUCUUUUUCAACAGGGUUGUGAUUUGUUUUCAUAUUUUGCAGUGACAAAUGGAGCACAAAUGUGAAGCACAUAGGCAGUUGGUAAAUAUAUUGCAACCUCAGGUUUGUUGGAGUUGCUGUUGCAUGUGCUAGCGAAAGCAAUGUACACAAAUGAUACUCGUCCUAACAGAUGUUCAGAUUCAAGCAUGCCUGUCCUCUCUUCUCAACUCCAUAUUUUUACUUCACCUUUUUUAAUGUGUUGUAGAAAAUAAUUGCCAAUUUAAUAUUUGUUUUCAUAUUUUCCCUUAAUACAUUUUCAGGGAAAUUUAAGCAUUAGUAGCCUACAAUAAACUGGUAGAAUAAUA